CUCCCAUGACAAAACCACUCACCAUGGGCGGAGUAGAAGACCUCAAAUCUUAUGCCAUCCUCUCCUCCUUCAUAUGUAUUCUCUCCAUCUACAUCAUCCGCGCCCUCUUCUUCAACUCCCGCACCCGUUUCCGCCUUCCACCAAGCCCGUUCGCCCUGCCUAUCAUCGGCCACCUCUACCUACUUACCCCCAUCCCUCACCAAGCCCUCUACAAGCUCUCCCUACGCUACGGCCCCCUGAUCCACCUCCGACUAGGCUCGGUCCCAUGCGUCGUGGCCUGCUCGGCCGAGACAGCCAAAGGGUUCCUCAGGACUCAUGAUCUCGCCUUCUCUGACCGUCCUCAAUCCAAGGCCGUCAGCUACCUCACCUACGGCUCCGCUGACUUCUCCUUCGCCCCCUACGGCCCUUACUGGAAGUUCAUGAAGAAGCUCUGCAUGUCGGAACUCCUGGGGGGUCGUACACUGGAGCAACUCCUACCAAUAAGGCGUGAGGAGAUACUCCGGCUCUUACAAGCCGUGAACAAGAAUUCCAAGGAACGGAAAGCUGUGGACAUGGGUUUGGAGCUGAUUAAACUAACCAACAAUGUCAUUUCCCGGAUGACAAUGAGCCGGAGAUGUUCGGGGUCCGAUGGGGAGGCCGAGGAGGCGAGGAAGUUGGUCGAGGAAACUGCGGAGCUCACAGGGAAGUUUAAUUUAGCUGAUUAUAUCGGAUUCUGCAAGAAUUUGGACUUGCAGGGGUUCGAUAGGAGACUCGAGGACCUUCAUCGUCGGUUUGAUGGGAUGAUGGAGAGGAUAAUGAAGGAGAAGGAGGAGGCAAGGAAGGAGGCGAAGGAGAUGGGAAAUGCGAAGGAUUUGCUUGAUAUAUUGCUUGAUAUAUCGGAGGAUGAGACUGCGCAAGUGAAGCUGAGCAGAGAGAACAUCAAGGCUUUCAUUCUGGAUAUCUUUGCUGCCGGUACCGACACAUCGGCAAUUACAAUAGAAUGGGCAUUAGCAGAGUUAAUCAAUCAUCCUACCAUACUACAAAAGGCAGGAGAAGAGAUUGAUGCAGUCGUCGGCAAGAAUAGGCUGGUCGAGGAGUCGGACAUCCCCAACCUCCCAUACCUCCAAGCGAUCGUGAAGGAGACGCUGAGGCUCCAUCCGACGGGCCCAAUGAUUGUUCGAGAAUCGACCCAGGAUUGCAUGAUCAAUGGAUACAACAUCCCUGCAAACACGAGGCUCUUCGUCAACGUAUGGGCCAUUGGAAGGGACCCCAACCACUGGGUCGAGCCACUUAAAUUCCAGCCAGAAAGAUUUAUGGAAGGUGAACAAAGUAUGAUUGAUGUCAGAGGGCAACACUACCACUUGUUACCAUUUGGGAGUGGAAGAAGGGUCUGCCCUGGUACUUCAUUAGCACUGCAGAUCAUUCAGCCAGCUCUUGGUGCCCUGAUACAGUGCUUCGAAUGGAAGGUUAAUGGCAGUGGAACUGUGGACAUGACGGAGGGACCAGGCUUGACACUUCCAAGAGCACAAGCACUGGUGUGCACUGUAGAGCCACGCUUGAAUCCAUUGCCAUUCCUUUAAAAAUGUGUUCUUCGCUUUACAAAGUUGAAGUGAUCUUGGCAACACCAUCUUUGCAGUUGGAAUCCUACUUUUGAUUAGUUGAGCGUGUCCAAGGCUUUUAGCUGCUGUGCAAAUUCUGUCAUUAUAAGGA